GAUCCGUAAUAAAAGCGCUUUGUUUCGAUUGUACUGUUUGUAUUUCAAAAUAAAAUUCACCAAACUGACUGUGGCCGCGUCAAUGAUUGACAGGUCAUUACAACGCUGACAGCCAAUAGAAGGUUAGAUCCCGCCUCCACACUUCAAACUGUCCAAUAGGAGGAGUGACAGGAAGUUGGACCAAAUGGGUGUCUCAUAAGGAAAUAGCGGUGGGAACCAUUUCCGUGUAACACCAAACAAUGGGCCAACGUAAAAGAAGGCUUUUAAAACAAAGUUAUGUCGACAAAACAGAAAAGUCAUUACAACGCUGACAGCCAAUAGAAGGCCAGACCCCGCCUCCACACUUCAAACUGUCCAAUAGGAGGAGUGACAGGAAGUUGGACCUAAUGGGUGUCUCAUAAGGAAAUAGCGGUGGGAACCAUUUCCGUGUAACACCAAACAAUGGGCCAACGUAAAAGAAGGCUUUUAAAACAAAGUUAUGUCGACAAAACAGAAAGGUCAUUACAACGCUGACAGCCAAUAGAAGGCCAGACCCCGCCUCCACACUUCAAACUGUCCAAUAGGAGGAGUGACAGGAAGUUGGACCUAAUGGGUGUCUCAUAAGGAAAUAGCGGUGGGAACUAUUUCCGUGUAACACCAAACAAUGGGCCAACGUAAAAGAAGAGUUUUAAAACAAAGUUAUGUCGACAAAACAGAAAGUGGCCAACGAAGAAGGUGACAACAACUUCCACCCACGGACUCACUUUGCACGGUCGUGGUCCCAGAAUGCUCUCUGCACUGCUGACACGUCCACCACCUUGGAACACAAAAAGCUGCUGAUGAACAACAACAACCUGGAAGAAAUCCUCGCUGAUGAACUUCCUGUUCCUGAUGCACCUGAUGCCAUGGAGAGAACUGCUGUCAGAUUACGGUGUCUGGUGCAGCAGCUGGAACGAGGCCAAGCAUCAAUGGCGGACUUGAAGAACAAUCUAGAAAACGCAGCUUCAGUCCUUGAAAGUUUGUACUUUCAGGAAAACAGGAAAGUUCAAGAGGACGAGCUGAGUGAGAUCCAAUCAGAGACAGUUCCAUCAGAGGUCCGUGAUUGGCUGGCGUCCACAUUCACGCGGCAGAGGUGUCGCAUGCUGCGGAGAUUUGAGGACAAACCUCGCUUCCGCAGCAUCGUGUACGCUGUGCAGGCGGGCAUCUUUGUGGACAGGAUGUAUAGAAGAUCGUCCAACAUGGUGGACCUGAGUUACCCUCCAGAUGUCAUCGCUGUACUAAAACAUGUGGACAGCUGGUCGUUUGACGUGUUUGCCCUGAACGUAGCCAGUGGAGAUCACGCUCUGAAGUUCAUCUUCUAUGAGCUUCUCACCAGAUAUGACUUGAUCACACGCUUCAAGGUUCCUGUGUCAGCUGUGAUAUCGUUUGCUGAGUCACUGGAGGUGGGCUACAGCAAGAACAAGAACCCGUAUCACAACCUGACUCAUGCUGCUGACGUCACACAGACCAUCCACUACCUGCUGCUCCACACUGGUAUGUUGCACUGGCUAACUGAGCUGGAGAUAUUUUCCAUCCUGUUUGCAGCAGCCAUCCACGACUACGAACACACGGGAACCACCAACAACUUCCAUAUCCAGACCAGGUCUGACACGGCCAUGUUGUACAACGACAGAGCAGUGCUGGAGAAUCACCAUGUGAGCGCUGCAUAUCGCCUCCUGCAGGACAAUGAUGACAUGAACAUCCUGGUCCAUUUCUCCACUGAGGACUGGAGGGAGUUACGUAACCUGGUGGUGGAGAUGGUGUUGGCCACAGACAUGUCUUGUCACUUCCAGCAGAUUAAAGCCAUGAAGAACUCACUGCAGCAGUAUGAGGUGAUCGACAAACCCAAGGCCUUAUCGCUGCUGCUGCACACCGCUGAUAUCAGCCACCCUGCCAAGUGCUGGGACCUCCACCACCGCUGGACCAACUCCCUCCUGGAGGAGUUCUUCAUUCAAGGCGAUAAAGAAGCAGAGUUGGGUCUUCCUUUCUCGCCUCUUUGCGACCGAAAGUCAACCAUGGUGGCUCAGUCUCAGAUCGGCUUCAUCGACUUCAUCGUUGAGCCCACCUUCAGCGUGCUGAGCGACAUGAUCGAGAGCAUCGUCACGCCGCUCAUCCAAGACGCCGCUCGCUCGGGAUUGGCCGACAUCCGGCGCUACAGCGUCGGCGAUGACACCAAAUGGUCUGGCGGGAAAAGUGCGCUCUCAGACAACAGCUGCCGCCUGACCAAGGUCGACUUCAGGAGCUUCAAGGUCACCUGGAACAUGCAGAUCCAUGGCAACCGAGAGGCUUGGAAGAUGCGGGCAGACGCAGAGCCUGAAGAAGACAUCCAUCCAGUGCGUAUCUACAAAGAACCAAGUUACUGCAUCAGAUACUACAGGUCAAAGGUCACCAAGACUCAGGCCAUCCAUGCAAGAGAAAAAGCCAAAAGACUGCAGAGUAUUUCUCUGCGCCAUAGAAAGACUUCCUAAGGUAGGGAAUAUAAUACAUAUCUAGUA